AUGCGUUGUCCUACUGGAAUAUCGCGCCAUCACCAGGGUUCCACUGGAAAUGCCACGCAGCUACCAGUCGUGGUAAAGCAAAGUAGUGGUACAAUUUCUAGACGAAUUGAUGCGCUUGAGACAUCAGUGUCACUAUUCAACGAGGCAUCUACUAUAUCAACAUCGGGUGGACACUGUAAUCAGAUGCCUCCUGCACAGGGCAUGCAAGGUGUUUAUGUGUCCAACUUGCCAUCAGCUUCAAAAAAUGAGUCUGUUUUAAAAGAUUCACUUACGGGUUUAUUUAAAAAAUUUGGUAAAAUUAUACAUAUCACUUUCGAAACUGACGCGUCAUCCGAUGAACGGAAGGCUCUAAUAAUUUUCCAAAGGUUAAAUGACACUGAAAAGCUGAUUAGUGACGUGCAUAGUUUAUGUGGAGUUCGUCUGAAAUUGAAGUUAGCUAGUCAUGUGGCAGUUGCUGAAGCUUACAACCACUUUUUAGUUUUAACAAGUGCACAAGCCAGUGGAAUAUUGCCAUCUAGCAUAAGUGUACUACAUGACAAUUCUGCAUAUGCUAGAACUGCGCAUAAGGAAUUGCCUCAGGAGUGUGUUCUUCCUUUGAGAUCUGGCAGCAUAGUUGACGCCUUAGCUCCUCAAGCAUCGAGAACUCUUUAUGUUGGUGGUUUAGAAAGAAGAACUAGCGAAGAGUGGUUGAUGUCCCGGUAUUCGCAGUUUGGCCAAAUUCUGGACAUCGAGGUAAAAAAUUGGGAUAGCCCUUCUCCUUUUGCCUUUAUUCAAUUUGCUGACAUUCAAUCUGUGGUUCGAGCGAUUAAUGCUUCAGAUGGUUCCUUAAUAGCUCACGGUCAAGGCGCUCGGAAGCCACUUAAGGCAUCAUUGAUUUUUUUUAUUAUUUCUAUUGAUAUUUCAAUUCUUUACGUUGAAUCUUCAAAUCAUAUUGUGAAACUUAGAGAAUUACCUUCUGGUUGUACAUCUGAUUAUCUUCGGGACAAAAUCCGGUUACAGUUUACUGAUAGCCUAACCGAUAUCCUGUAUGAUGUGAAGUAUAGCGAAGCAGUUUUGAUAUUCUCUAAUAAUGAAAGCUCACAGCGGCUGCUAAAUAUGAUCAAGACUAAAAAACUGCUUUUCUGGGAUGUUGACCAAAAACGUGAUGUACAGUUGCCAGCGGAUUACUGUUCAGAAAAACUAUACAAUUAUUUUGUUGAGAGGAAAUUCAAAACGGAAAAGGAAUGUGUAAACCUUGGGUUAGCAAGCACAAGUGUGGUUGGUCCAAAUCAUGAAAAUUUACAGCUCACUUCCAGUUCCUUAUUGGCUCCUCCACCUGACCCACCCAGUCACUUGAGAGAUACGAGAUGUGAUAGUCACAAGUCAACACCAAGUGGUAUCUCUAAGAAAAGGCUUAAUGGCGACGAUGAAAUUCGUGGCACAUCACGUUCGAGCCGAAUGACAUAUAAUCGCCAGCGAAGGCAUCGCAGGCGACGAAGCGAUGACCACAUAACGUCAUCCUCGUCCUCAUCUUCCACUACGUCUUCCUCGAGUGCAACAGACACAAGCGACAGUCGCUCAUCAUCGCCUGAAAGAAGGAGAGAUAGUUCAGUAGAUGAACGCAUAAAGUACUCAAGAGCAAACCUUCAUUUGUCGCAUAAAGCUAGAGAGCAGGUAUCUUGUUCGAGUACUCAUCAUAAUCACGCAUCUCCAAGUGUCCGUGAGGAUCGUAGUCCGCUUCCUAGUGGGACUUCAGUGCAGCAACUCACGCAGCUCCUACCACCACCAAUGCCGUCAGCAGCAAUUCUUAAUCCGCAUACACCAGAACCUCCAAAAGUGGAAACCAAAGAUAUGAGAUCAAAACGGAUUACUUCGCGCACACUGUCAUCAAAUUACGGCUUUCAUCCCUCUUCUGAAAGUCUUAGUGAAAAACUGAACAGCAGAAAGAGUGCAGAUGAUGCUGUGAAAUCUGGGAGUAGAAGCGCAACUGGUAAUGCUCUGUGCGAUUCAUCAUCACAUGAUACCACCACAGUUCCUGAAACUCUUUCUAACAGUCGAUUGGAAGAAAUAGCGAACUCUGUGUUACAACACCAUUACUACAGUACAGGCUCUCCGGGAUCCAACCAGGCCUCAUUGUUGUUACACAGCAAUUCGUUGAGCGUUAACCACCCAUCAGGACGCUCUUCACAUUCGGCAUCAGGUUCCUCGGUACAUCACAGAAGUAUAGAUGACAGAAGACACCAGUCUGCAUCAUCAUUACGUUCCACAGUAAACAAAAAGAGUCGCUGGCCUUGGGGGAAUGAUCCCAUAAAAACUACUUGUCAUAUACCACUUGAGACAGCCUCUACAAAACGUGGCGACCCACGGAAGAAUCAUGCUGUGAGAUCAUCAGCUUCAUCGGUGAAUUUACCGGUCCCUGAUUUUGCUCAGAGUUUUGCGCUCACAAGACGUUCUAACUCAUCUGCAGAAUCUUCUCGUGCUCAGCACUUGAAAGUGGAAAGUCGAAGAGUUUCCAAGAGCAGCUCAAGUGUUCCAUUGCCACCGUCAUCUGAACUAACCAAUGGUUCUUUACCUGGGUCGUCUUUAUUUACACCUCCGCACGGUCCUAGUGGAACUAAGGCGCAUCUCUCGGUUUCGCGUUCUGCGUCAAGCGGUAGUGAUGCUGUUUUAUCUCCAGAUGGUGCGUCAAGUUCUGCCGUCAUUCCUGCUAACCAAACGUCUGUUUUUGAUGUAGUUGAAGACUCAUCACCAACACUUGAUAACAAUGCUUUGCGAGAACGAAUUUUCGCACUUGGAGCAAAGUUCCAACAUAUUGAUGAAACCAUUCAGAAAACGCGGUCUUCACACUUUGACCUGGAAAGGAGACCACCGUCAUUAUUAUUUUCACAACGUCCGCAGAAAUUUGAGGAUGAAUUGGAAAGGUUGAAGGCCAAAAGUUCACUUCAUUCUGCGACAAGCACUGCAGUGAGUCAGCAUUCCACUGCGCCUACGACAUCUUCAACUAUUAAUGCAUUUCCGGAUGGAUUUCCAAAAUCUAAGGCCGUUAUCAGCACCUCGAGUCAGCAUUCACAAAUUGAGAGAGUGGAAGAAACCUCAAAAAUUUCACGUUCAGCUUUAUCGAUAGCUGUCUCUCCUGCAGCUAGUUCUAACGUUUCAGCUAAUAUUCAGCCUGCAAGUAGCAUUUCAGAAGAAAACGCUGCAAGUGCUAUGUCACCAUCUUUACUACCGGGACACUUAAAAAGACCACCGGCACCACCGACUGCAGCAGCUCUAAAGCAGUCCUCUUUUAGUGCUGUUUCAGGUCCACAGCAUGUAGUUGCUUUUCCUCCAAAUUUCAGCGUUCCUCCACCACCGUUGCCGUACCCACCAGCACCUCCAGCACUGGCGUCGCCGAAAGCACCUUCUUUGCCGUUGAUAAGUGCUCCUCCUCCUCCUCCUCCUUUGAUUUCUGGGCCUGUUAGUCAGCCUGAAGCGAGUGCUUCUACAACAUCUACACCUACCGUAACGCCGAAGUCGUCGCGAGUUAUGCAUCCUCCAGCACCAGGAAGUUCACCGGCUACUAUUAGUCAUUCAAGAAAGGAUUCUCAACAUACGAAAACUCCGGCACCACAUUCUGCAUUACUAUCUUUGUCGGAAGACUCAAUAUUCAAGGCGUUGGCAUCAAUGAAGAGUCAAACGAGUGUUUCAAAGAAUACAUCGAAAACUGCAGAAAAGGAGACAGCAGUGCGUUCGACGACUUCUCUACUUCCUGCAAAAUCGAUCGCUCGCAGUAUUCGCCCAAAAGUUCAUAAAGAUUCUGGAGUUAAGUCGUUAGAAGACCUUUUUCGCCAGCAGGCACAGGAUUCAUCAGAAUCUCGAAAGAAGCAGUUACUGAAAAUCAAAAGUGAGGAAAAGGCGUCUCGUUCAGAAAAAGAAACAGAUUUUUUGAGAAAAUCUUCAGAUAUUGAUCACGAAAAGCGGAUUACAAAAGAACAAGAGAAAAAACCUAUUGAGCGAACUUCUUUAGAGAAUGUGGAACGGAAAGAGAAGGAAAAGAAAAAGUCAUCUAAGGAACAUGGGAAUAAAGAAGCUAGAACAAAAGACUUGUCGAAAGAAAAGAAGGCUGGUAGAGAUUUGGGAAGGGAUACUAAGGAAAGGAUUAAGGAAAGGGACAAAGAGCGUUCCAAACAAAAAGAGAGGGAAAAUCAGAAAGCUAAGAAGGAAGAAGAAAGGAAAACUCGAGAGUCGAAGGAAAAAGAAAAGAAGCGGAAAGAAAAGGAACGCGGAAGGGAGAGGAAAAAAAGGCAUUAUAAAAAAGAUUCCUUGUCUGAAAGUGAGAGUGAGAGCAACGAAGACUCUGAUUCGGAUGCUUCAGUUGACUUUCGGAGUUCUGAGGCGCAGCGACAACAGUGGCUUUAUGAUGAGGCUGAAACUGGAUUGAUCGGUCUGUCAAUGUACGACCGCGUGAAGCGUCGGUCGUCAGCGAUGAAAUUUGAUGAUGCUGAAAAACGUCAUAAAACACUUGAGAUGUUGCAACAGAAGAAGAGGCAAAAAAAUAACCAGAAACCGCAGAGGCGUACUGUACAAAUAGAAAGUUCAACUGAGGAAGAAGGUGAAAUACAGCAGGACGAUGAUUCUGACGCGAUGUCUUCAUUCGCUUCCUCUUUGGCUAGCGGUAGUAAAGAUUCUAAAAUGAAGUCACUUAGUACAGCAUCUAAAAAGGAGGGAUCGAAGGUUGCUCCAAAGGGUUCUUCUGAAGAAAGCGGGACGGACGAAGGUUUCUCCCAAGGCAGCUCUGGAACUAGUGAAAGCGAUGAGGCUCCGAAGCGGAAACCAGUGAACAGAAAAGCUCAUCAAAAGAGCAAGGGUGGUGCAAAGCUGUCAAUGGAAGACGUUUUCAAUAAUGAAGAAUCUUCUGAUGACGCGACUCGCCAUUCUGCCGCAUCUUUCGCCCCUUCUAUUGAAAGCAAGUCUAGUAAAAAAGAUUCAAGGAAACUAUCAAGUGAAAAUGAAAAGAAAGAAGUCAGCAAUGAAAGGGACUUAAAGAAGGACACUGAGAAGCAAAAAGAUAAAGUGAGGACAAAAGAAGAGAAGUGCAAAAUAAAAGACGAUAAAGAUCGCAUUAAAGAAGAAGAAGAGAAGAAGGAUGAGAAAGAGCGCCAAAAGGUAAAAGAAAGACUGAAGUCUGGAAAAGAUAAGGCCAAGGUCAAGAAGAUGAAAAGAGAAAUAGAAAGGGAUAAGCCUGUUGAAGAAAUUAAGAGCAGUGGUAAAAUUCAAAAGAAGUCGGAUAAGGAUAAGGGGAAAAAGAAAAGGCAGUGGAAAGGAGAUUCGGAGGUUUCCUAUGGUACUGACGAGUCUGUAGAAAGGAAAAGGUCGAAAGUUGAAAAGUCUUCGCUUACACAAAUUUCGAUGUUUCCUGAGCCUGCGAAGAAGCAGCUUUCGAAAACUUUCAAAACGGACAAAAGUAAGCCGGCGGAAAAAGCUCCAAAAGUAGCAGAAAAAUCGCAGGCGAUUGCGUCCAAUGCCGAAUUUGAAAGAAGAUUGGCUAAAAAAUUGCGUAAGGAGCAGAAGCAGAAGUUACGCGAAGAGGUUGAAGAAGUGAAGAAGAAGGAAGAAGAAAAAAAGGAGGGUAGAGUCCAUGUUCUUGAUGAGACUACCUCUUCCCAGGUUGGUCCGAGUAGAACCGAAGUAUACGAGGUGAAAAAUCAAGAUAAAGAGCUGGAGAAGGAACAGACGACAGCUUCAUCAAGGGAGUUAUCGGAAGAUAAACAGCAGAUGGGAGGCAUGAAAAAGAAUAAUGAUAGACUUAGCACAGAUGGUGAAACUAAGGUUCAGGAGGAACGAGUAGUUCUCGGGGAAGCUCGAGAAUGUUUGCAUGAUGGCAGGACAAGUGACUCUAAACAGAACUCUAGGAAAGAUUCGCAUGAAAUUGUUGUUUCUUCAGAGGAAGAGGAUAAACAUAUAAUGUCUGAUGUAGUUGCCGUAAAGGAAAAUGGUGAGGAGGGAGUAAAGGAAAAAUUGGAAACGCAGUAUAAACAGGCGGAUGCUGACGAAGUUAAGGAGCUUUCAAGUGACCAUCAAGAAGAUGAAGAAACUGCUAAGAAAGAUCAAGAAGUUAAAAAAACUUCUUUAGCAGAGGGAUUGGAGCAUUUUAUGGGUGCUGAAACAACGUCGAGGAGCGAAGAAGUUGCAGUUGCAAAGAAGGAAUUCGAAUAUGAAGAUGAUAAAUUCUUUAGUGGGACUGAAGUUCAAUAUGGCAAUGAUUUUGGAGAAGACUUAGAUUUGGAAAUGAAUAAAGAUCACGGUGAAGUCGACAACGUUGUGAAAAGGGAAGAAGGCUCUUGUGGAUCGGGAGAAGAAUCAGAAAAAAUGGAUUUCGUUGACGAGGAAAUGCGAGAAUCUGAAAUAAAAGCGGAUGGUUUAAGCUCUGACUCUGCUUCUAGAAAGGAUGAAGUUUUGAAGGCAGCAGGUCUUUUACCAAUUGGAAGUGAACAGGAUCGUCAGACUGAGUCUGCAGAGAAGAAUGAGAUUUCUGCUGGUAUUGACCAGGUUACUACUGGCUUAAAAACUGAGUCAGAGGAUGCGAAAGAUGAAGCGGCUAUUGAAGGGCUUAGUGGUGUAACUUGGGAGCAUCAGUUGAAGUGCACUGCGACAGAUGACCCACAUGAAAGUUCUGUUACUGAAAAGCAUACGGACAGGAAAAGGAAAUUAAGUGAUGAAACUGGCGGUACAGCUAAAAAACCUAAGGAAGCUGGUGAGACAUUAUCAUCAUGCGUAACUGAUGUGACUGAGAACGUAGUGAAGGAUGAAGACUCGUGCAAGGAAGCCCAUAAGGAUCUAGAAGAAAAGUCGUUGUAUACCGAUAAAAUCGGUGGUGAGGCGGAAGAAGUAAACGAAAGCAACCAGCGUGAUAAUGUUGAAAAAACUGGUUCUGAUAAUUUUGAUAGUGGAGGAGAGUCUGUGGGUCACUUUGUUCAGUUGCAAGCUCUGAAACUUGACGAAAAUGGUGAUACAGCAUCUACAAGUAAAGAGUUUAAUAAAGAGGAUGGGUUUUACCGAUGCAGCGCUCGUCAGGCUGAUGAAGUUACAUCUGCUAGCACGGAAGACGAAUCUUCGUUUAAACUUGAGAUCGAAAAGAAAGAUCUUCAGAAUAUUUCGACGGAGUUGGAAAACUCAGCACGUACAGUGAAAGAAGAUGUUGGAAAAGAAAAGUGUGAGAAGGAAGAGGGCCACAGCAUUUCGUCUCAGAUUCCACCUGGAGGCAUGAUCAGUUUUGUGGCUAGUUCUGAUGCUGAAUGUUCCGCAGUUUCGAUGGUUGACAUUAAAGCUAAUUCGACAUCUUUCGUCUCUGGUAGUUGUGAUUCGAAUGAAGGUUUCGAGCUGAUUGACGAAGGACGGGUUGACGGUGUACCAGAGAGGUGCGAACAAGUUGAGGAAAACGGAGCGAACGAGGUUGAAAGAGACAUUCAUGAUGUUCAGGAAACGGAAGAUGCUGUUCUGUCAAUCGCAUUUCCUGAAGAUGAUAGCAGUCAACAUGGCGUUGAUGAAAGGAUAAAUCCGAUGGAUGAAAAUUAUAUGAGUGACACCACUUCGAGACAUAGCAGCGUCACUGAUACUGCGGUUACUGCAAAUGAUUCUGAAGAACUGUCGAAGUACUAUACUGUGGAUGCAACCAGCUCAUUCAGCGUGGCGGACAAAGAAAAUGCUGAAGAUACUAAAUCGAAUGACAUCCGGUUGGAAAAGAAUGUUACAGACUCAAAAACUGGUCCAGAAGGUGCAUCUUCAGCACAUAUUGACGAGGUCAUUGACGAUGUCGUUUCCGGUGGUUAUGUUGAGGUUGAUGCUGAACGUUUGAUGCAGUUAAAUACUAAAAAAGCUGAAGAGGAACAAGCUACACAAGAAGUUCCUUCCGCAGAUAGCCAUCCAACGUGCGAUAUGUCUUAUCCUGCUAGCACAUCACAACAGUCGUUCUCUAUGGACUCAAUAUCAGCAUCCGUUUCGCUUUGCCCACGGUUCCCUCCUACCGUUACUUUGAUUACGGAACCUGAAACUCCUAUUGUUCAGCAGCAAACAGUUAUGCAAAAGCAGCAUUUGUCGGAACAACCACUGCCGCAACACCGUUUACAACCGCCUCAGCAACCUCAUCAGGCUGUAGCAACGCAGCAACAAAUUCCAAUCUAUCAGCCAUCAGAGGCUCAACAGAUGUCGCAGUCGAGGUUGCAACAAACAACCCAAAUACCUCAACAGUCUCUUGUUUCGUUACAGCAUCCGCAAAUACCUUCACAACAGCAGGAUCUACACUUCCAACUGCAACAGAUCCAGAUGCCUCAAGAUGGCCAGUUGCAGCAGCAACAGAUACACAUGAAUCAGCAGGCCAUAGCUCAACAACAGCCACAAGUACAACAAGUUGUUCAACAGCAGCCGAUUCAAACACAGUCAAAUGUGAAGCUUCAGCAGCAAAGUUCGCCAUUCUUGACGCAAACUCAGCCAUGUGUACAGUUUCCUCAAAUACCGAGUCAAGGGGGUCAGACCAAUAUUUCAUUCUCGCCACAGCAACGUUCUUCACAAGAAGUUGUUGUUAGACAAGACUUAAAAGGAGUCGAGUUAGAAGCGGGACCUGACAGAUCUGCUACUUCGACUGGUUCUCGCGAUCAGUUCUCUCGCCAAGUUUCGAAUCAUGGUGUACCAGAUCGUAACACGACUCAUCAGCCAAUUCUGAACCAUCAGCAGACACACCCCACCGUAAAAGGCCAGAAACCACUGCCAUCUACUGUGGAACAGCGAGCUCAGUUUCUGCAGCAGCAAAUUGCACAUCCAAAUAUGAACUAUAAUAACUUUUUAGCUAUAAUGAAUGUUGCUCAGCGACAGGAUGUAGCGCAUGCUACUCAACAGGAGAUGCAGCUUGCACCUCACCAAACAGGGGCUGCACAAACACCAAGUUUCACUAGUAACUCGUCAUCGACCACUUCAGGCCGUACAGAGUCUCAGUUACAAACACCGUCCUCUGCUCUUCCUACUCGUGAAAUGUAUCUUCACACACCAAAAAAACAGCAACAACAACAGUCGCAACCACAACAACAACAGUCGAAACAGCAAACAGUGCCGGUAUGCCACCAAACCCAUGCUGGGCAAGCAGCAAAUGUUAAUGCUCGUAGCGGGGAAAUGAUGCGCACUCUACAUUCGCAAGCAGCAAGCGGCUCUGCUUUGUCAAAUCAGUUGCAGUCUUCACAGCUAGCAACCAAACUUACAAACACACCUGAACAACCUUUAUCAGCUCUUCCUUCCUUUGCGACACGCCAGCAGCCAUCUCCGGCCUUAGCUCAGCAAGCUAUGAAUGCUGCUACGACGCUAUCUUCAGUUUUUGGUAUGGGUCUCCCAACAACUACCACCAACCAGCUUUUCUCAAAUGAGCAGUAUCUGCAGUUCUACCAUGCGCAAAUGAUGCAAGCAGCAUAUUCUGGAAUGACGGGUAGCUCGUACGGUACUCCAUCACAUGCUACAUACCCAUCUGCCGCUUCAUUAAGUGGCGGGACGUCAGCAAUGCAGCCUUCUCAAAGGCUUGGGCAAGAACAACAUCAAACUCAAGCGACGCCAAUGGUUUCCCAGCAACAGGCUCAGAACAUAGCCGCAGUUGCCCAACAUCAGCUAAAUGCUUUUUAUUCUAGUAGUAGUUUACCUCUCGAUUAUUUACAACAGCAGAUGAGACAAAUCGAACAAAACAGGCAGCAAACCUUCCAAAAUAAUUCCUCUCAAAGGCAACAACAGCGGGAUUUGCAAAUUACCAGAGAGGUUCAGCAGCCUCCAGAAGUUCACCAGAGAGGGACAUCACAGCUGAUGGAUGUACAACAACCUCGGCAGGAUUCGAACCCUUCUAGGAAGCCUUCAACAAAAGUUACACAGCACCAUGUUCAUGCUUCUUCAUCUCAAAUGAGUUCAGAGGAAAGUUUUGGUGAGUGUCUGGAAUAG